AUGCAGGCGGCGAGAGCGGAGGCAGAGCACGCUAGAUGGGAGGCGGAGCAGGCUCGAGGGGUUGUGCAGCGCGAGGCAGAAAUACAGCGGCAGGAAGCGGAUCGUAGGGAGAACCAACUGAGAGAAGAGGCGAAGAGGGCGACGGAGGCAGCUCAAUGGGAAGCGCAGAGGCAGCGAGAGAUUGCUGCCGAGGAGAAGAGGAAGGCGGUCGAGGCACAGCAGGCUGCCGAGGCUGCGGCCCGAGCAGCAGCGGAAGAAGCUAGCCGUGCUCAUGCGGCAAAGGAGGAGGCGGAGCGUCAGCUCCGAGAGGGCAUCCAGCCUGUCAUCAUGCCCUCCACUGUAGACCUCGAAGCUGCCAGGCGCCGAGUAGGGUACCGCGAGGGCUACUACCACUUUGCCGUCACGGGAAUUGCGGGUAGCGGCAAAUCAUCGCUCAUCAACGCAUUCCGCGGCCUACGCA